AGCGUUGUUGCUAACAUGUGCGGAUGAUGGGUUCCGUGCCGAAGGCUUGAGCGCUCUGUGUUUUGUUUGCUGUUCUCUGCAGGAAUUGCACUAAAUGGCUUCAGUUAUGGUCAGCUUCCAUCUUCUCCAGUAGAGGGAACUGCUCACCUAAUGAACAGUUGUUUUCCAUCAGUGCCAGAGAUGUUGCAGUGCCUGUGUACUGCUAAGAGCUCCUACAGCAGUUCCCUUACCAUUUAGAUCAGAAGAGCUCAAACACUCCUACACUCGUGUUGAUUCAGUGCAGGCAACGACUAAGGCAUCCAGCCUUUCUUUUCAUCAUUGCUGAUAAAAAAAAAUAACCCGGGAGCAUCUUGUGCCAUGAAUUUAUAUAAGCUACUCAGGACAUAGAAAGUUUUCAUUGAAGCUGGCUGAUGAUUUGGAGAUAAUUAUCUGACAGAUAAACAAUCCUUAUUUUUCCUGCAAAGGAACUACAUCCUUCAUCUGUUCAUUUUUCCUUUUUGUGCUACUUUGUUUUGGUGGAAAUAUUUAUUUUUUAUAUGAAUGUUUCCAAUCAUGAUGGGGAGAAUGGGACUGGUCUUUGCACUGUUGUGGGGUUGUACUUUAUGUGAAAUGCCAAGCUCGGUGCAUCAGACUGCGCAGGGAACUUUGAAUUUUGGGGAUGUUCCUGCUGUAGUUUAUGAAACACAUGCUUAUUAUGAACCAGGACCUAUAGGAAUCCUGUUUCACAUGGUCCAUGCUUUUCUGUAUGUCGUGCAGCCUAAUCCUUUCCCAAGAGAUCUCAUCACCUCUGUAGCACAGCAGAGAUAUGGAGAUGUUCGACAACAAUAUCAAAAGCCAGAAAAUGUUGUACUCACCCUCAAGGCCAUCUAUUAUGAACUUGGAUUCAUUAUAUGUGCAUCUUUGGGCAUACUGUUUAUACUCAUCGUGCCUGUGGUGGGGCUUUUCUUCUGCUUGUGCCGUUGCUGUGACAACUGUGGAGGAGAGAUGCACCAAAGGCAGAAGAAGAAUGCGGAAUGCCAGAGAGGCUGCUUUGUAACAUUUCUGUUUGUUACAUCUGUCAUGAUAUUUGCUGGGGUACUUUGUGCAUAUGUAGCCAAUCAAAACCUAUCUAGUGAACUUAAAGGAGUCCGCCAUCUUGUAAACAGCAACUUCAGAGAUUUGCAUAUGCUGUUAAAUCACACUCCUGCACAAAUUGAGUACAUGGUCAGUCAGUACACUAUUGCCAGGAGCAAAAUUGUUUCUGACCUGGAUAAUAUAGGUCCUUUGCUUGGGAACAGAAUUCAUGAGCAACUAGCAAAAGAUGUGUUCCCAGCUCUGGAUGGUGCUUUGAACAUGGCAGGAAUCAAAGUGGAAAGGGCUAUUAAAGCAAUGAGAGAAACCAAAGAAUCUUUAGAGAAUGUCAAUUCCUCCUUGGAAGUGUUGAGAGAGGCAAACAAGGAUCUCCAGCAGAAGUUGAGCAAUGUACAAGCCAAUUUACGAAACACACUGAAUGACCCAGCCUGCUCAGCGCCAAAUGUCUCCAGAACUUGCAGCAGCAUCCGAAACUCAUUGGUUCAGCUAAGCAUUAAUGCAAACUUCAAUGGGCUACCUGAUGUGAAUACACAACUUUCCAAUGUGAAGAAAGUGCUGAAAACAGAUCUUAGCAAUAUAGUUCAGAAGGGGUAUUCCAUGUUUAAUGACACUCCAAAUAUUGUUAAGAAUCAGACCAAGAGCAUUAUAGCAGGUGUCAAGACAAUGCUGGACAGUAUUGGAGCUAAUAUUACUGCACUGACCAAACAGUACCAUAUUCAGAAUUUACUAGACAAUUUAGCUUUAAAUCUCAGUUAUAGCCAGUCGUAUGUUCAAGAUUACUUUGCAUUGAUUGAUCAAUAUGACUUUUACAGGUGGCUGGGAUGCCUUGUGAUGUGCUGCCUGGUAGCUCUAAUCUUGGCCUUCAACUUCCUGGGGAUAUUAUGUGGCUAUUGUGGAUAUGACAAACAUGCAUCUCCCACCACCCGUGGCUGCAUUUCCAACACAGGGGGUAACCUGCUUAUGGCGGGUGCUGGCUUUAGCUUCAUUUUCUCCUGGCUAUUGAUGUCCAUAGUAGUAAUCACAUUUACAAUUGGAGGGAAUUUUGAAAAGCUAGUCUGUGAGCCUUUUCAUAACAAAGCUUUAUUUAAGGUUAUAGACACACCAUAUCUUAUAAACCCAGUCUGGAAAAAUUUUCUUCCUGGCUUUCUGUAUCAGGACCCUGAGAUUAACUUAACUUUUGAAAGCCUAUAUAGUGAAUGCAAACAGAACAAUGGAGUCUACGGAGCCCUCCAGCUGGAGCAUAUUUUCAAUGUUAGCAAAUUUUUAAAUACAAGUAUAUACACCAAGAAUGUUCUCGACAUGCUAGGAAAUAUAAAUGUCAAUAUGAGUGCAGUCAUCCUACUUGAAGAUGCUGGAAGACAAAAUCUGAUCAAUUUUACUCAAACAGGAAUUGGGAGCAUUAACUACCCUGCAUACUUGGCAGAGAUUAAUAAAGGCAUAACAAAAGUUGAUCUGUUAUCCUUUGCAAAUGACCUUGAAGCACAAGCUGACCAGCUGGCAAAGGGUGCCCUGGAAAAUGCAUUAAAGGGACAUGCAAGCAACAUCCGAUCAAUUCAUAGCCAGCAAGUCAUCCCAAUGGAACAAGCCAUGAAAUAUGUUCAAGCAAAGAGGACAUUGAGUCAGAACAUCCAGUUCUUGCAGAGAACCGCCUCAGACCUCCCAACUAAAGUGAAUGAUGUUCUCAGCUCCAUAGCUGCAGCACAAUACCUUGUCUCCCAAAAUGCAACCUAUGUCAUCAUUCAGGAAACUGAAAAUUACAUGGAUGUGAUAGUCAGUUACUUUAUACAGUACCUUAACUGGGUCAAGAAUUCACUGUCAUUUGAAGUUGCUACAUGCAAACCGAUUGCUAAUGUUGUCGAUACUGCUGACAUUUUCAUUUGCAACUUUGUUGUUGAUUCACUGAAUACAUUUUGGUUUGGCUUGGGAUGCAGUACAGUGUUUUUAAUUCCUAGUAUUGUAAUUUCAGUGAAGUUAGCCAAAUUCUAUCGCAGAAUGGAUACAGAGGAUGUUUAUGAUGACAAUGAGACUAUUACCAUGAAAACCAUCACUUCAUAUGAUACUAUGACUAGAUUUCCUCAAGCUUCUGCCCCGCCAAGACAAGCUGAAUGGUGAGGCUGUUCCAAGUUUUAUUGGGCGUUUUUAAGCUCUUUGGAAAACUGGUAGAAGACACUGGCAUUUCCUCAAUGGAGGACAAGUUAAAAUAUUUCUCUGGAGACAAAUUGCUACUUCUGCCUGCAUGAAAAAUCUGAAGAGCUGCUGGGAAGACAGUAAUAGGAAUUCUCCUUUGAGCAAAAGAUCUUAUUGAGUUUUAAAGUAAAUAAAAAGUGAAGUGUCCAAAUCUGGUUUAUAGAAUUAAGCACAUACUGUACAUACUGAUUUCACACAGUCAAAAAUUAAAAAAAGGACUAAAAAUGCUUGCACUGUACAGCAGCUAACCAUCUUCUACUAGACUUAUGUUUUUAAGUUUGAAGCAUUUUACAAUAUUGCUGUCUUUAUAUCACAGCCAGCCAGAGUACCCAUAGACUUAGAUUUGUGGGUUUGUCAUUUUUUUAUGAAAUAGAUUUAAAUAUUGACCCUCCCAGCACGUGUGUAUCAUAGGAACAAGAAAAAACAGAUGUAGAGAUUUUGUACAUUUUCAAGUAUGUUUGAACUUGUAUAUAUUUUGUUAAAGUAGUUCUUUUUAUAUUGCUUGGUUAGGAAGAAUACACAUUGUACCAUACAGUUUAUAUACAACAAUAGUUUCAAGUAUUUGGCACUGAAGUAACACUUAAUCAAUCAACCAUCAGUGUUCUUUGAAUUAGGAUGUUUGUAGUAGAUUGUAGAAUCACAUAACAAACAAGAAAGAAGAAAUGUGACAGGUUUACACUGCUGCCCCAGAAUGUGCACAUCACAUACCCUUUAGCCAGAUGGCGUGGAGCUGGGCAUCUCAAAUGGUACUUCUCUUUAAGUCUAUAACUGACUAGCACUAAUAGUCUCAAUAAAAACUGAGCAUUGCUGUAUGUUUUUAGUCAGCUGGAGCAUUGGCAGUGUAACCUUUGGACAGUCAGUGUUUGUUAUUUUGCCAAAUGAACAAAACAAUUGAGAGACAAUCAAGUUAGCUGCUUUAAAUAUUAUUUUUGUUCAGAAUAAUGAUUAGUGAACUACACCUUAAUGCAAAUAUGUUAGAUAUUCACCACACUAUACAGUGUUAAAAGAAAGAAAUCCACAUUUUCAGUUAUUUUAACUGUGUUAUUUAAUGGAAGGUUGUUUAUAUAAAAUUCUACUUUCAGAAAUUAUAUCUGAGCAUUAAACACUUAAAAAACUCCCAUGUUGUGCUGUACAGUUGUUUUUAUGGGUUGCUAAUCAUAAGUCUUUUUCCCAAUCCCCCCAAACCCAAAAAGACUUGUGAGUGAUAAAUAAAGAUCAUCUAAAAUAUUCAAAAUGAAUCAGUUUUGAAGGUAACUAUUAUUUGUGACAAUGCUCUUUGAAACUGGCAAUUGUGGAAAAAAAAUCUAUUAACAUCAGUUUAAUCCAAAAGGAGCCAUGCAUAUCAUUGAUGAAUUAAAGAUAUAUAUUAAAAUAAUAGAAAAAAAUAUUUUAAAAAAAAAUGUUCUUUUUAUUUCUAAAUAUGCAUUAAAUACUAUCAAUGUUG